UCCAUUCGGCUCCGCCGCCGCCCGCCGAGGAGGGGACAGCGACCGCCGGAGCACGGGAGAGGGACGGACCCUCCCCCGCCGCCAACCCGCUUCCUCCUCCUUCUCCUCCACCUCCUCCCCCGCCUCCGCCUCCGCCUCCCGGCCGGGAAGAGCUCGCCGUGCCCGCUGCAGCCCCGCUGGAUGCACUGAGCGCUCGGGCGCGGGGAGAGAGGGGCAGGAGGGAGCCGGGAGCCCCGCCGCGGAGGCGCUGCGCUACCCGGAGCCUCACGGCCAUUUGCUUUAAUUCUUUUAUUGCCCCCCGGCCGCCUCCUCCUCUCUGUCCGCAGGAGCCAGCCGAGGCGGCGGGGGCUGCAUCCCCCCCUCCCCCCUUUUUUUUUUUUUUUAAUUUUUUUUUUUUUUUUAAAUUUUCAUCGCCGCCAUGGGAUGUACCCUGAGUGCUGAGGAAAGAGCCGCCCUGGAGCGGAGCAAGGCCAUCGAAAAGAACCUGAAGGAGGACGGGAUCAGCGCGGCCAAAGACGUGAAACUCCUCCUGCUCGGAGCCGGGGAGUCGGGAAAAAGCACCAUCGUGAAGCAAAUGAAGAUCAUCCAUGAGGAUGGCUUCUCUGGAGAAGACGUGAAGCAGUACAAGCCAGUGGUCUACAGCAACACUAUCCAGUCCCUGGCAGCUAUUGUCCGUGCCAUGGAUACCCUGGGCAUUGAGUACGGUGACAAGGAGCGACGGGCUGAUGCCAAGAUGGUCUGUGAUGUCGUAAGUCGGAUGGAGGACACAGAGCCCUUCUCUCCAGAGCUGCUGUCAGCUAUGAUGAGGCUCUGGGCAGACUCUGGGAUCCAAGAAUGCUUCAAUCGGUCCCGGGAAUAUCAGCUGAACGACUCAGCCCAAUACUACCUAGACAGCUUAGAUCGAAUUGGAGCUGCAGACUACCAGCCCACGGAGCAGGAUAUCCUCCGAACCAGGGUCAAAACAACUGGCAUCGUAGAAACCCAUUUCACAUUCAAAAACCUCCACUUCAGGCUCUUCGAUGUCGGGGGCCAGCGGUCAGAGCGCAAGAAGUGGAUCCACUGCUUCGAGGACGUCACAGCCAUCAUCUUCUGUGUGGCGCUGAGUGGCUACGACCAGGUGCUCCAUGAAGAUGAGACCACGAACCGCAUGCACGAAUCUCUGAAGCUUUUUGACAGCAUCUGCAACAACAAAUGGUUCACAGAUACAUCUAUCAUCCUGUUUCUAAACAAGAAGGACAUAUUUGAGGAGAAAAUUAAGAAAUCUCCACUGAGUAUCUGCUUUCCUGAGUACACAGGCCCCAACGCCUUCACCGAGGCGGUGGCGUACAUCCAGAGCCAGUACGAGAGCAAGAACAAGUCUGCCAACAAGGAGAUCUACACCCACAUCACCUGUGCCACCGACACCAACAACAUCCAGUUCGUGUUCGACGCCGUCACGGACGUCAUCAUCGCCAACAACCUGCGCGGCUGCGGCCUCUACUGACCUCCGCCAGGUCCUCCCUCCCUUGCCUUUCCUCCUCAGAAGAUGACAAGGAAGAAAUACAGAAUUCCCUCCUCCUGUCCCAGAAAACUCUGCAGCAAGUUCUGCUUUCCCCAGGCCCGUUUUGUUUUACUUUGGCUCAUUUCUGGUUCAUUCCCUCGCUGCCCCGCUCUGCUCCUCCGUCCCAGUUCACAGUGUUGUGCAGGGAGCUAAAGCAUUCCCCACAAAGUGCAUUUCAACUGCCAAAAGACAAAAAUACUUCAGAAUCAAAGCCUUAAAAUACUGGUCAGGAAGAGUGUAGUUUGGAACCAAAACAUUUUUUUUUUCCUUGAAAAUUAAGGGAUAUUGUUCAUUCUCCUGGU